UCCACAAUGUAGUCUGGUGUUAGUUCUCAAGAUGGCGACACAUGUUCUCAUUGUGGUUUUAUUGUUGAAGGUGGUGUGUGCGAGUGAUUUAGAACGAGAGGGCAGAGAUGGUUUUAUUGAUAGGUUGAGCGGAGGGAUGAAGCUUGCCUCGGACUUUUUAGCUUCAGAAUCCAUCGCAUCAAAGGUAGCAGAGUUCGUGGUUCGCGCAUUCCAGGCCAACACAAACACACAACCGACACCAAGUCCAACAUCAAACAGACGUCGACCAGGCUUCAAUGAAGCUUACCAAGAUGCUAGCGCUGAGAACUUUGCAGAGGAAAUCAGACCUAAUUACCAGGUCAAUGAGGCUCCAAGUCCGAUGACGCCGUUGAAGUACUUAGUGAAGCUGAUUGGAUUGCAGCCUAAUCAAAUAAGCGCGGUGGCUGUCAAUGCGCUAGUUUUUGUUGCACAAAUGAUAUCAACAUUCCUCGCCGGACCUCGUCCGUCUAAGCCAUAUCGUUCUGAAAUCCCUACAGCUUGGAUAUUAAACAAGAACUCCAGAAGCCUACAAGACUUGAUAUCAAGGGCCAAGAAUGAAUCCAUUUUACAAGAAAUAGACGAAGCAAUCAAACAGCAGGGAGAAGAGACCAGUUGUAUAAGACUUUUAGUAUGUAAGAUUACUCCCUUUGUUCAUAAAAUGCAGAAUGCUGUAUUUGGAAAGGAGAAUAGCACAGAUUUGAGGGGAUUGCGCGGAUCUGAUGUCAUGUACCGCCAUCUACCGACAGCGGAGGAAAUCAGAGAAAGUGGCGACUCAUGUGAGCAGAAACAUAAGGAGUGUGAUCUCAAUGAGUGAUAUUCUAACUGUAGAAAGUUACAAUAAAUGGUGAAACAUCUAAAUAAAUUCUUUUAAAAAAACAGUAUUA